AUGCUGGUCAAAGGCAUUCAGCCCUACCACGCAAUCCAUCGUAGACUGUUAUUUCGGGAAAGUUACGAAACUGCUAUCAUGCAAUUCGAACAGUUCCGAAAGUCCAAAGUAAUUACCACCAAGCAACAGUACGCACUAAUGGUUGAGCUGUUACAGCAAAAACCUGAAAUGGCGCAGGGUUUUACCAAGUACCCUAAAGGAGAAGUGGCAGCUUUUUGGAACAAUAUGGCCCAAGAACUCAACAGUUUUGGUCCGCCUAUCAAGGAUAUUUCCAGCUGGAAGAAGGUAAUAUAUGACUGGAAGGCCUACAUAAAAAGAAAAUUGGUUGAAAAUAAAAAGGAGCAGUCAGCUACUGGUGGCGACAGAAAUAGGCAGCACCAUUUCAAUGAAUUGGAGGAAGCGGUGAUAAUACUAACGGUAUUGGAAACAAGUACAAGUGGUAUUGCGAAUACAGAGAGUAUCGGCUUACCUAUUGCAGACGACGUGGGCAAUGAGACAGAGGCCGACGUAUCGAUGCCAUCAGUGACCUGCAAUCCAGCACUGCCUAGAAGUACUACUAGGCCACCGGAAACAUGUACAGCCGAUUUACUUAUAGAACAACUUGCAAUUCAAACAGAAUUCCAGGAAAAGGUUCUUGAUAAGUUGGACGACCUUUCAUUACGUCAUUGGAAAUGCAAAAUGACUUUAAAAAAAACCGGAAGUGGAAGAAUUUAGAAGGCACAACAUAGCUAUGGAGAAUUUGGUAGCUGCUAAGAAUUCCAUUAAACAGCAAAUGUUAGAGGUAGAAG